UUGUUGCCGGACGGUCGGCAAGGGCCGGCCGUGGCCGCGCUGUCCGCACACAGCGUGAUACGGAAGUGGUCAUCAACCCCGGUGAGUCAGACAAUGAUGAUGGCGACAGUCUCGAUAUUUGGCUGGAAAACAUGUUUGAGGCGCCAUCUAGUCCUAUUUACCGGCCAUCAGGUGUACAAGAUUGGCCAAAAGGUUGUGGGCCAAAGCUGAAGUCGAUGGUAAGGAAACGGACGACCAAGAGACGACGCAAAGCACGGGCCCGAAAAGCAAAUCAAUGUAG